CUUCCAUGUUAGAUGCUCUUUCUAGCAAGAUCUUGGCUCACAUUAACAAUUACUUCACCUUCCAUCGACAUUGUCCACCGCUGCCAGCACAUCCCAUCCAGGGCCCUCUUCCGCACACUACCUUCCGCUGAUGCUCACCACAUCACUGCACUCCAUUGCCAAGACUCACAUCGCAGUCAUAGCUUGGCUUGUCGACCAUGACGGGCAUACCCCAACACCAAGAAUCGACCGGCAAGGACCAUGAUGUUGGUGAAAAGUUCAAACUCCCAUUCCGCGGGCUCAGAGAAAAGCUGCACCACAGCCACAACCUACAAGACGCCAAAGUCCACCUGAUUCACCAAAAGCACAAGAUUGGCAAGUUCGCAAACUUGUUCAAUCCCCAUCAUCGCCAUGAUGAGGCUCACGAGAAGGCCUGCGAUGAGAAACGCUCCAAGAUUGCCGAGUCGCAUCGGUUUCAGUCCUACUUCGCGGAGCGAGAUGGUAACAUGGUGAAGUGGUAUGUCGACGGCAGAGACUACUGCUGGGCAGUAUCAGCUGCGCUCGAAAACGCGAAGGAGACCAUAUACAUUGCUGAUUGGUGGCUGACCCCUGAGCUGUUCCUCCGCCGCCCACCGUACUUCAACCAGGAGUGGCGUCUCGACCAGAUCCUCAAGCGCCGAGCAGAGGCGGGCGUCAAAAUCUACGUCAUCGUAUACCGCGAAGUCGAAGCCGCCCUCACCUGCAACUCGACGCAUACCAAGCACGCACUGCAGGCCCUCUGCCCUGAAGGCUCCCCGGGUCACGGCAACAUCAAAGUGAUGCGCCACCCAGACCAUAACGUUCUGGAGAACGCUGCAGACAUGACCUUCUAUUGGGCUCACCAUGAAAAACUCAUCGUCAUUGAUUACGAGAUGGCCUUCAUCGGCGGCCUGGAUCUCUGUUUUGGCCGCUGGGACAACCAUCAGCAUGCUCUAUCCGACAUGCAUCCCGAGGGCGUUGCCAACGAGGUGUGGCCCGGCCAGGACUUCAAUAACAGCCGUGUCAUGGAUUUCCAGAAUGUUCAGGACUGGAAGCAGAACGAGCUGAACAAGGAGGACUCGGGCCGCAUGCCUUGGCACGAUGUUGCCAUGGGCGUGAUCGGUCCCUGUGUUUAUGACAUUGCCGAGCAUUUCGUGCUGAGGUGGAACUUCAUCAAACGAGACAAGUACAAGAGAGAUGAGCGGUACGAGUGGCUCGAGCUGGAGGGCCGUCAGGGGCCGGACGAGGACCUCAUCGGCGUUCAAAGGCCCCACCAUCCUGUUGGCGGCUACGUCCGCCAUCCGCUCUCUCCCAUGAACACCAAACACUUGGACAAUCGGGGGACCGUCCAUGCUCAGGUUGUCCGUUCCAGUGCCGAUUGGUCUAGCGGCAUCCUCACCGAGCACUCCAUUCAGAACGCCUAUAGUGACAUCAUUCGCAGCGCACAGCAUUACAUCUACAUUGAGAACCAAUUCUUCAUCACUGCCACCGGGGACCAACAGCCGCCCAUCCGAAACACCAUCGGAAGAGCUAUUGUGGAUGCUGUCUUGAGGGCUGCCAAGGAACAACGCAAGUUCCGUAUCAUCAUUUUGAUCCCCGCAGUACCCGGGUUUGCGGGAGACCUGCGAGAGGACGCUGCCAUUGGCACCCGAGCGAUUAUGGACUACCAGUACAAAUCGAUCUGCCGCGGUGAACACAGCAUCUUUGAGCAAGUAAAAAAAGAGGGCGUCGAUCCAAACAAGUACAUUUUCUUCUUCAAUCUGCGCAGCUACGAUCGUCUGAAUAGAACACCGGCCGUCAGGAAGCAAGAGGACGAGUCAGGGGUCAAGUACCGCGACGUCCAGCGCGCACACGCCGAAGAGAUCAUGGACGAGGGGAUUCACGGGACCGUCAACGAAUCGGACGACGAUCUGGGCGGCCGCCACGUGCAUAUAGGCAAGAAACAUAAGCAGGGCGAGCUGCGUGACAAGGUCAAGGGUGAACUGAAGGAGAACGUAGCCGAAGGGCGCAGGCCAGACGACGAUGUCAAGGGCUCAGACUCUAAGCGGAAGUUUGAGGCGGCCGCUGAUGGGGACAGAUCCGCCAGUAACCGAGCAGCCACCGUCGCCCACCAUGCCAUGGCGGACCGAGGCCCUGUCUCGGACUCCCCCUGGGAUGGUGACCCGGAGGAUGAGGUGAACCACUGGAUCCAGGAGGAGUUGUACAUCCAUGCCAAGCUGCUCAUUGUGGACGAUCGGAUUGUCGUCUGCGGCUCCAGCAACCUCAACGAUCGCAGCCAGCUGGGAUACCGAGACAGUGAGCUGAGCAUCGUCAUGGAGGACACCCGCCGUUUCGAGUCAACCAUGGACGGGAAACCGUUUGAGGCGGGCUGGCAUGCUGCUACCCUCAGACGGUAUCUCUGGCGGGAGCACCUGGGCUUGCUGCCUCCGCAGGAUCACGACGCCAGCAAUGACGCGAACGCCCAGCCGCCCGGCGACGAGUCGCCUAAUGAUGUCCGGGAUCAGGACGACAGCUGGAAGUUUGUCGAGGACCCGCUGAGUGACGAGCUGUGGGAAGCAUGGACUUCGCGGGCGAACACGAAUACCGAGGUGUUUAGGCAACUGUUCCAUGCGGAUCCGGAUGAUCACAUCAAAACGUUUGACGACUACAACUCGUACAUGCCGGCCAAAGGCGUCCCGGCCGGCCACAUCUUUGAUCGAAUGAUCCCUGCGCACGAGGUGAGGGAGAAGCUGGAUAAGGUCAAGGGGCAUCUGGUGUGGAUGCCGUUGCAGUUCCUCAAGGAGGCGAAUAUGGCCGAGAAGGGACUGCAAGUCAACGCGUGGACCGAGAGCGUAUAUACUUAGGCGGCGUUGGUGUCUGUAUGGCAGGUCUGACGGUGAUUUAUACGAGGCAGAUUUAGGGACAAAUCUGAUGCGAUUUUACUACAGCAGGGGUAUUCGAAUAUUUCAGUUGAUGUUCUUAUAGUCGUUUAUCUUGAAUCCUUACGAAUACGGUCGAAAUGACACCUUAUAUACAUAC